CACUGUACUCAUCAGUUGCAGUUUGGUUAUCAGCAGUGAAACAUCCAUCCAACAUAUCAGCAGCGCCACCGGUGCAGUGCCAGAGAGUCAGUCUGCGUCGACGGGUUCCGAGUGUAUUAGUGUAUCUGAAGGUGCGUGACGCACUUUAAGGCUAGCAAGGCAACAUGUGCAACCGAACCAUCAUUGCGGAGCUCCUGCUCGUGGUCGCCCUGGCGACAUCCGCCCUUGGUGCUGCGGGAGGCUGCUCGUGGCGUGCCAGCAGCAGCUGGUUCGGAGGAGAAAUCUGUGUCCUGCAGAAGGUUUACGACGACUGUCAGGAGACAGCGGACUUUACCGAGUGUCUCAAGCAAAAAGCGCUGACCUCCAUCUCCCGAGCCAUCGAUUUGGAUUCCAUCCAACUGGUCGAUGGAGUAACCCUUGUCAAGCAGAAGAACGUGUCCGCUAAUGAAAAAUCUGAGGGCGCCAUCCUCGGACUGUCCGAUGCGCGCUCGAUGGAAGGUCUCGGCGAAACGGAUAAGGCACUUGUGCAGAAGAUUGACAAGUUCCUCAAGACCCACACCAUCAGCUUCGAUCUGUCCGAAGCGCGAGGAAGUGGUAACAAGAAGAACGGUAGCCGCUACGUCAUUGCUGCCCUCCUGACCGCCAUGGGUAUUGCUGGACCGAUCGGUCUGAAGACCCUCGGAGCCAUCGCAUUCAAGGCCCUGGUUAUCAGUAAGGUCGCCCUCACCAUCGCCAGUAUCAUGGCGCUCAAGAAGAUCUUCAAGGCUGACCAUCACGAGGAAACCAGCUUCCAGGUGCACACCGGCCAUGAUAACCGUCGGGCCACGUACUUUGUGCGUCCGGUGCGGGCUAACGAUCCCUACCGAUACUAUUACGAACAGCCAGCACACUAAGCGAAAGCUUCGAGUUCGAAAUGGUUAGAUGGUCAACAUUCAAUCGUGUUGCUUUCCCAGCCAUUCCAAGCUUAACCCCGAAACGCCAAACGAUAAUGCAAUAAGUCCUCGAAAGCAAACACUCCAAAUCACCAACCAAUCUGGACGAAUCGAUUCCAAGGAUCCGCGAUCCAGAUACACAAAACGUUGCCACUGUCGGAAGUUUAUUGAAAACCCCGUGGGACACACUGUCAUUAUCGCAACACAUUGGGAUGUGACCGCCACAGUAAAUUAUUUGCGUUGGAAUAUUUAUUUAUUUAUUGAACGGAAAGCGGAAUACCAAAAGAUGCAAUGUUUUACAAUACCGGUAGAUCGUGCAAUGUAACAUUAAGGAAGAAAAAUGUGCAAUAAAAACAUACUGUGAAAUUAUUAA